AUGUCUGUGGUUCAUGAAAAACUAGCAGUUGGAGACCUGACCCAGUUCCAGGUCUUUGCAGGAGGCAGCAUCCAAAGAAUGGUUGACAAGCAACACUCAGACUUUGGAGGUCACGAAAGGAUAAGACCCUUCCACCCAACCAAUACAGUGGGCCCACGGGCGGACAGCAUAACUUUGCUAACGCAUCGUAGGAAGAGGACAAACUUCACCCAGCAACAAGUCGAGGUCCUGGAGAAGGUUUUUUCGGACACCAAAUAUCCUGACAUUUACCUCAGAGAGAGACUGGAGGUAUUAACCGGCCUACCGGAAUCUAGAAUACAGGUGUGGUUUCAGAAUCGUCGUGCCAAAUCAAGACGUCAGGUUGGGAACCAUUUUCCCUCGAAACCCAGUGGCAAUGGUCCUGCCUCUUGUGCUCUUAUAGGACCUCUGAACCACAUUCAAAACCACACAGGCCAGGAUAUGCAAGGGAUGCAAAACUUCGCGAUGGGAGAAAAUUUAAAACCAACCAUGCUUGUCACGGCAGAGGAAUCACACUGCAAGACAACGGUCUCGUCCAAAAAUGGAAACUACCACGCAGCUCCUUUGCCGGGCCUCCUUGAUGCAAUCGCCGAGAGCAGAAUCAAAGCCGAGAAAUCAAAACGAGAUAACCUGAGUGUUGUCGUGCCUCGCUACGACGCUCAUUCAUAUCACAGUGACAGUGGACAUUACAUCAAGCCCCAAGAUACAAGAUCUGCGGCAAAACAAGUUUUAGUGGACUACGAUAACUUUCCUCCCAAUAAAACCAUUGGCCCUGAAAUGAAAGUCAUAAUUCCCCCAAUCCCGACACAAAGUAACUUCAACCGGUCGUCGCCAAAACAGGUCUGCAGUCAAAUUCAAUACAUCCCGGUGAAAACUCUCCCCGAGUUUCACGGCCGCUUCUCACCUAUUAGGGGAAGCCAAGGUGGACAAAUGUCAGACUCAGAUUCAGACUGGGAGAGUGAAGCCAUUUCUGGAUUUAACGAUUUUAUAUAG